CCAUCUGCGUCAACAUUAGCAGACAUUGUUAAGCGCCGUGCGGGCACAUUACCAGCGGCGUUUGGUCAGCAGUUGGUCAAAGGCCGUGGGGCCGCCAGCUGCAAGAACUCGACACGCCGCCGACCAGAUGGGAACCCCGCCGGCCCCCCUUCCGGCGGACUUCUGCCCGGCAGUGCGGCCGCCCUCCAUUCACCCGCCGCCGCGUGUACCCAGCCCCUCCCAAAGCUGCGUACAUUGGGAGGGGAACGGUUUGACUUUCACCCAUGCUGCUCGGGUGGCACCACGCCUGGCCACGCCCCACGCCCCACGCCCCACGCUCACCUAUUCCAGAUCCCGGACCUUGUACAGCGAGCGCCCAUCCGCUGUCGCCCUGUAGUAGCCGGUGUUGGUGUUGCCCCUCUCGCGGAAGCAGAACUCGACAUCAGGGUAGCGCCUGAAGAACUCUGGCGUCAGCACCAGCAAGCCCAUGGCCGCUGGUUCCAGUGCGCGCCAGGUCGUCUGGUCCUUCUUCUUGCCAUUCCCAGGCCGCUGCCACAGCUGGUGGCGGACGGUGCUAUCCUUCUCCGCUGCCAGCUGUACCUGCAGCCAUGCCUCCACGCCUGGUCCGCAGCACAGGUGUGGUGGUGGCGCCUUACCUGACGUCCGUAGGGUGUGCACUGCGCAAGGAGCAACUCGGAGCUUUCGAAGGGUUUCGAGCAGCAGGGCUGAAGCCCCGAUGGAAGGGAGGGGCGGGCAUUCGGUGCCGAGGCACCUAAUCACCUAGGCUGACGGGCUAGCAGUUGACGUAGUUGGCAUUGAGUAGUACAGUCGAACACGCCUAACUUCGUUGCGCAAAGUAAGUUUCCCGGCGUUAUAAGGGCCCACCGGCCCGGGCCACUGGUACUUACGGGGACAGGAUAGCACGCAUGCUCGUGCACACCACCUUGUAACCAACAACAACA